CUCUCUCUCUCUCCCUCCCCUCCCUCCCUCCCUCACACGCACAAGAUGGCGAUGGAUGAUAGAGGGAGGAGGCUCGGUAGUGCCAGCGGUACCCUUUGAAGGUCUAUUUGUUUUUCCGCCCCCCCUCUCUCUCUCACACACACAUACACACACGCUCUCUCCUCCUCUCGCUGCCGCCGCUGCUACUGCUCACGACGUGUUUACAUGGCGCUCGGACAGCUGUGCUGGCACUGCCUUCUCACUUGGAUUCUGACUGUGCUGCUGACGGAAGAUGGUAUUUGAUUUGCCUUGGAGUCAGAAAUCGUGAGUUUAAAUCCCAUUCCGUUGAGAGAAAACAUCAGAAAAAAAAACAACUGACUGCAGUGGUGAACUCUGGGAAUUCUGAACUGUUGGGGGACAUCUUUUUUAGGUUGAGAUGUUAAACUACAAAGUGGACUCUCUGGAGCUAAGCUGCAGUGUUGGCCCUAUGGAGGUGAUUCUGCAACUUAACCAGUCUGUGGUGUUAGAUUGCAACCUGCCUGCUGUUGACCAGCCUGCCAAUAUUACAUGGAAGGAAGAUGGAAUUCCUGUUGUGGAUCAAGAACACCACCAUGUGAUUCCCAAUGGAUCACUAUACAUCUCAGAGGUAUCAAGGUCCUCUGUGAAUCAAGAUGGAGGCAACAAUGAUAGGAGUUACACCUGCAUGUCGGAAAAUUCAUUUGGGGCCAUAACUAGUAGGACUGCUUUGAUCAGAUUCUCCACUUUGUCACAAUUUCAUCAGCAGCCACAGUCACAGAUAGUGGAGGAGAAUGGAAUUGCCCGUUUUGAGUGUGGAAUUAGUGGACUUCCAACUCCAUUUGUCACAUGGGAAAAGAACCAGGCAACUAUUCCAAAUCACUCAAGAUAUAUUGUCCUCCCAAAUGGAAUUCUGCAAAUUGUAGAAGUGCAGGCAAGUGACGCUGGAGAAUUCCGUUGCGUGGCCACAAAUGUAGUUCAGACACGCUACAGUCAGGAUGCCAAUCUCACCGUAUUACAAGGAUUUAAAUCAAUACCUGGAGAUGUAGUCAUCAUUGCUCAACCAAAGAAUGUUACUGUUACAGCUGGUCAAACAGCCAUUAUGGAGUGUAUGGCAUAUGCUGAUCCAACACCAUUUGUUUCUUGGAUUCGGCAAGAUGGUAAACCAAUUGCUACUGAUGUCAUUGUGGUUGGAAGAACGAACCUAAUGAUUGCUGACACCCAACCACACCAUUCUGGUGUGUAUGUCUGUCGUGCCAAUAAACCACGAACUCGACAAUUUGCCACUGCUGCUGCUGAGCUACGAGUGCUAGCUCCACCAAUGAUUACUCACUUUCCUGAGACGAUCUCCCGGAUACGUGCAAGCACUGCAAGGUUUGUCUGCAAGGCUAAAGGGGAACCUACCCCUAGAAUUCGCUGGCUGAAAAAUGGAGAGGACAUCAUGUCUAAUGGCCGAGUAAAGAUCCAGAGCAGUGGCAGCUUAGUAAUUAAUCAGAUUGGACUAGAAGAUGCUGCUUACUACCAGUGUAUUGCCGAGAAUAGUCUUGGAAUGGCUUGCACUACAGCCAAGCUAACUGUAACGGUGCGGGAAGGUUUGCCCAGCGCUCCCAAAAGUGUAUAUGCCACUCCUUUAUCGAGUACAGCGGUGUUAGUAUCCUGGGAGCGUCCAGAAUACAACAGUGAGCAGAUUAUCGGAUUCUCCCUUCACUAUCAAAAGGCAGUGGGUACAAACAAUGUUGAAUACCAGUUUGCAGUGAAUAAUGACACCACAGAGCUCCAAGUGAAAGACUUGCAGCCAGACACAAACUAUACCUUUUAUGUUGUUGCUUAUUCUCAACUUGGUGCCAGUAGGACCUCGCAUUCUAUUGUUGUUGAAACUAUGGAAGAUGUACCAAGUACUGGCCCUCAACCAUCCUUGUCGAUUUCCACUCACACUGAUGUUCGGGUUACUUGGCUUCCACUCUCUCCAGAACUCAGCAAUGGUAAAAUAACAAAAUACCGAAUUGAUUACUGCAUGUUGAAAGAAGAUCAAAUUUAUUCAAUUGAAGUUGAUGGAAAUGAAACACAAGUCACACUUCCUACAGUACAGUCAAAGAAAGUUUACAAAGUUCGGAUUGCAGCAAGCACGAGUGUGGGAUAUGGUGCACCAUCAGAUUGGACCCAGCACUUAAUACCUGACAGAAGUAAACAAGUAACAGUUCCAUUUGCUCCUACAGAAAUGAAGGUCAAGACAAAAGUAGACUCUCUGCUGGUUUCAUGGCAACCACCCUCUAAUCAAGUCCAGAUCCAGGGUUACAAGCUUUAUUACAGAGAGGCAGAUGCAGACGAUUCGAGCAGAGAAUUAAGUGAAGCUAAUGGAGAUGAGCAUUGGACAAAGGGACCAAUCCGGCUUCGAAGAAAAAUUAAACAGUAUGAGAUUACUGGAUUAGUGUCAGACAGACUUUAUGAAAUCAAGCUGGUUGCAUUUAACAAACAAGAUGAUGGAUAUGCAGCUGUAUGGAAAGGAAAAACAGAGAAGCCACCUGUUCUAACCUUGGAUUCUCCUGUGAUUCUGCCGCCUCCAACCCAACUUUGGGCAGAACCUAAUGGCUCUAGAGCAAUCUGGUUACGUUGGAACAGACCACCAUUCACUACAGUCCAGAUUGCAAAUUAUACUGUACGCUGCAAUCCUUGGGGGCUCAAGAAUGCUUCUCUUGUGACUUACUUUUCCAGCACUGUAGAAGAGAUUAUUAUUGCUAGCUUGAAGCCAUACACUAGGUAUGAAUUUGCAGUCCAGUCUAAUGGAUAUGGUGUUGAUGGACCUUUCAGUGGCGUUGUAGAGGGAUCAACUCUGUCUGACAAACCUUCCACUCCUCCAUCUGACUUGAAAUUAAAUCCAAUUAAUUCCUACUCAGUCAGAGUUCGAUGGCAACCUCCAACUGAACCAAAUGGCAUUAUAAUUGAAUACAUAAUUUUGUAUAAUGUCAACUACACACAACCAGAUGACCUCUGGAAUUCACUGUCCAAGGAAGGGAACAUUUUCAGCACUGAUGUUAAGGGACUAGAAAGCAACACUCGGUACUUCUUCAAGAUUGGUGCAAAGACGAUUGUAGGAGCAGGACCAUUCUCCACAGCAAAAGAUGUGCAAACUCUUGCUAAACGAAUAUUAGGACUGCAUGACCUCCUUGAUGUACAUUCUGUAACGGGCAUCAUUGUGGGUGUCUGUCUUGGACUGCUUUGCAUUCUUUUCUGCAUUUGUGCCAGUUUCUGGAAUAAUAAGAGAAGAGAGUUGGGCCCUAAUUCCCACCCAACAAGUGAACAUUCACACUAUCGCAGGACAAGGAAAGCCUCUUUAGCUCAUAAUGUUGCCCUUCCCCAUGCACAUGAGCUUGAAACACUAAUGUCUACUCUGGGUGAAGAUCUAUCUCUGCCACAUACUGAGAUAACUAAACUCACUGAAGCGCAAAUCUUUAUGGAUUCCAGUGUUCCGGAUGAUGACAUUCAGAUUAAAUUAAAGCCUGCCUGGAAUGGUUCUGUUCAUCACAAGUGGGCAAAUGAUCCAAUUUGCUUCAGCAACGCAAUCCUUCCAGAUUCUACUUGCAAGACAAAUGAAGCACUGUGCUUUGACCGUGGUUCCAAUGAAGAUAAUUUACACGGAAACUUUGGUUUUGGCAGUAUUAUGGGUUCAACAAAGAAAGAACAUCCUCAUUCAGGUUUGAAUCAAGUUGAAGCUGAAGUUAUUGUUCAUUCUGAAUUAUCUGCAUCAAAAAGAAAUUCUGCUCUUGAGGAUUGGCAGAGGAAGGAAGGUCUUCAGAAUCAGUCCAUCACUGCUGAAUCCAUUGAAGACCUUCCCAGUGAGGAUAUUACAUUACCUAGCAGAGACUGGAACAGUGAGGAAAACCUUGAAAGCUCUGCUGAAGUACCAGCUGAUGCCCAGAAAGAGAAUUAUCAGACCAAGUUUACCCUUGCUUUGCCUACUACGGAGAGUCAGCCAGUUGAAGUUUGCAAGAAUUCUUUGCCUCCUAUUGCAAAUGAAGUAAUGAACUGCAUCGAUGCAGAAAAUCACAAGGAUGUCACAGAGCCACAAGACAAUUCUUUGCUAUGUUGUAAAACUGAAAGUAAAAUGAAGACUGUUGAAUGCCUUGGGCUCAGCAAUGGUUUUCAGAGCAGCGAGGGUUGGCAAAGCUCAGUUAAUGGUUUCACAUUAAUAAACAGAAACUCUGAAUCAUCAUGCCUAAAAAAUGCAGAUAAUCCUCCUAAUAGGUGGCAGCCUUUGGCUACAGGCGAGGAUGUCUCUGCUCGUCAUUUCAUUGCCUCUAGUAUCAAUACUACCUCAGCAUCUGAGAAAGACCUGUGUCCAUAAUUGUUAAAACACCACCAACUUUCCCAAAUACUGGGGUGAAUCCUGCAAUUACACACUCUGAGAGUGCCUAUUCCCACAUCCACAAAGGAUCCUUGCACAGCACUGGGUCAUUAAUGAACCUGAGAUCAGUUAGCAGGUUCCUGUACCUAGUAUUUUACAUAAAUGCUCCUCUGUGAUGGAAUAAUCUAGUUUUAUUUUCUGAGAGGACUUUCUCUUAUUAAAUAUUAUAAAGUGAAACUGUAUGUUUAGUGUUAGCAUUUAUAAUACUUUCACCUUCCUUCAAUACAACAGAGCUACCUCAAGUCUGUUUAAAAUAUUGAGUGGUAUUGUACUCCAUUAGUUUUGUAGCUUGUUUUUAUAGAUGUUUUAUUUUCAUUAUCUUUGCACAGGUUUUGUUCCAACUAGAAAGUACUUAAAGCAACCAUGCUGAUAAAAUAUGAUAACAAAAGUAACUUCUAAGAAAUGCAUACGCACCUUUUCAAGCAUAUCCCACUGUAUCUGUCACACUCAAGAUAAAACAGGUGUCAUAUUUUGUCAGGUAACUUUGAAAGAGGUUUAACUAUAUACAUGACGGAUGGGAAAUAAGUGUUUUUCCUAUGGAAAGUGUGCCAAAUUGCAAUUUAUGUUUGUAUUUUAUUGUUCUGACAGAUCAGUGAUUUGGCUUGAAGGUGUGUAUGUAACUUAAGAAUCUGUGACAUACAAAUGAGAAAUUUCUUCUGGGUUUCUCCCUGUCUUCCACAAGUUUGUCAAAGAAUACAGAGAACACACAUCAAGGGGAUUUUCACCAAAGUUGGUGGUUGAUGAAGAGAAACCACUGAAGAAAUUCUUGAUGUUGAUCUGCAACUUAUAAUGGAAACGAAUUAUUUGCAGGGAACACAAUGUGGGGAGAAAAGUACUUUGGAUGACACCUAUUUAAAAUUGCAACUCAAGCCUUACUUUGAACCCACCACCAUCCCUUAAUUGUAAAAUGAAGAUUAAGCCUUAUUAGGACCCAAUGUCACAUGCCUAUGUGCAAUUGAAAACAAUUUAUCACCACUUCAAAAUUAUAUUUUCUUACAUAAAUAUGCACAGCCUUCAUUUGUGUUUACAAUUUUGAGAUUGAAGACUGGUAAAAUAAUGUAUAUUUAAUAACUUUCAAAAGUGCAUCAACUACUGUUACUCAGUUUUAGGAACACUGUACAUAACUAGCAGUUUUACUAUGUAUAUAUUCUCCGUUGUCAUCAGUAUAGCAAAUGUCUUGUGUAUAGCACAUACUUCCAUUCAGCACACCUAAAGCAGUAUAUUUUUGACUCACUAAAGCAGCAUUGUAGAACAUUUGAUUAAAGAUAUCUACAUAGCUUAAUAUUCAUUAUUAUCUUAAGAGUAGAUUAUGCACAUGUCACUUCUAGUUCAAUCGUCGUCUCCCUCGUCUUGAACUUGCCAGCAAUUUAGUAUAAUGCCCAACUGCCUAUUUUAAAAAGUAUCAACAGACUAGUGUGCUUGAUGAUUACUCUUUUGUCGUAUACAUCUUAUUUUACCUUUGCUUAGGAUCUGUUUUGGAUACUAGAGCCUUGGCACAAGAGAUAGUUUGAUUACCCAGGAUUGACAGUAUUGAUACUCUGCAUUCAAUAUUGAUAAUAGCAGCUGUAUUGACUUGCAUUAUGGUGUUCAUGUUUGCAAAUAAUCUGAUCACUUAUUGUUGAAUUCUUAUAAGAUAUACUAUUUUGCAGAUGACCUUGUGGAUUCAUAUGGUGCAGUUUGUGAUGCCACAUUUUUCAUGGUGUUUGCCACUCUGUAAAAUUGCACGUCCCCUUCUAGGUGAUGGUUAUUAACUAAAUAUUUCAAAUAAAUAACAGAUCUGUAAUAAUUCAAUGGACAUGUUCAAAGUUCAAGUUCAAAAUACAUACGUCACCAUAUACAAUCCUGAGAUUCAUUUUCUUGCAGGCAUUCAGAGUAAAUACAAAGAAACACAAAAGAAUCGAUGAAAGAUCACACAUGACAAGAUGGACAAACAACCAACGUGCAAAAGACAACAAACUGUGCAAAUUAAAAAAAAUAGUAAAUAAGCAAUAAAUAUCAAGAACACAAGAUGAAGAGUCCUUGGAAGUGAGUCCAUAGGUUGUGUUCAGUUCAGUGUUUGGGUGAAUGAAGUUGAGUGAAGUCAUUCCCUCUGGAGUUCAAGAGCCUGAUGGUUAAGGGGAAGUAACUUCCUGAAUCUGGUGGUGUGGGGUCUCAGGUUCCUGUAGCUCCUUCCUGAUGGCAGCAGCAAGAAAAGAGCAUACCCUGGAUGCUGGGGGCCCAUGUGAUGGAUGCUGCUUUCCUGUGACAAUGCUCCAUGUAGAUGUACUCAAUGGUGGGGAGGGUUUUAUCUAUGAUGGACUAGGCUGUAUUCACUACUCUUUUGUCGGCUUUUCCAUUCAAGAACAUUGGUGUUUCUAUACCAGGCCAUGAUGCAACCAGUCAAUAUACUCUCUAUUGCGUAUCUAUAGUUUAUCAAAGUUUUAGAUGAUAUGCCGAAUCUGCGCCAACUUCUAAAAUAGUGGAGGUGCUGCUGUGCUUUCUUUGUAAUGACACUAGCUUGUUGGAACCAGGACAAAUCCCCUGCAAUGGCAACACCAAGGAAUUUAGAGUUGCUGACUCUCUCUACUGAUCCUUCGAUGAGGACAUCUCAUGGAUCUCUGGUUUCCUCCUCCUGUAGUCAAUAAUUAGCUCCUUGGUCUAGCUGACCUUGAGUGAGAGGUUGUUGAUGUAGCACCACUCAACCAGAUUUUCAAUCUCUCUUUAUGCUGUUUUGUCACCACCUUUAAUUUGGCCAGUGACAGUGAUCAGCAAACUGAAAUAUGGCAUUGGAGCUGUGCUUAGCCUCACAGUCGUGAGUAUAAAGCAAGUUGAGCAAAAUGCUAAGCACACAGCUUUGUACACCCAACAUGUUUGUGAUGUUGCCAAUGCCAUCUCGAAAAUAUUGUAUUUAAAAUCUGCAUCUGUUACAACUUUUACAGUCACCCUUGUGGCAGAAUGUGGUUUAGA